ACUACUACUACCUCAAACAGCUGAUAGUGAUGCCUCCCUGGAGCCUGAACCUAGCUGCUACUUACCUAUAAAUUAAAUACGCAAUCGGACAGGUGGUAGGUAUUACGAACAAUUACACAGAUGAAGCUUGAUACAUGAAUCCCAAAAACAAUGCUGAACUGGAUUGUAAAAGCUGCAGUAGUAGGGGGAUCAUUUCUAGGAUGGACGGCAUUAUUCAAAUGGAGUGGCCUUUUAUUGAAACGUUACUUUUACAUGAAGGAGAGAGACAUAUCUCAUCAUCACCUUAUGAAUAUAUGUGAAGCAACUGUCUGUAUUAUUCAGUCUAUUCUAACCUCCGUGAUUGGUAUCGUUAUUGUGCUUUCUUGUCACCAUGAUGUUAUGCGGGCUACAAAUGCUUUAACAUCUUGGUAUGCCUUAGUUCUGGCAAGUUACUUUGUUCAUGAUACCAUCGCAAUGUACAAGGUUCACAUAUGCAGUCUUACAAAUGCUGCCUGUUCUUUUCCCAGCUGUGUAAAAAGUUACAUCAGGAGAAGGACCUUGCUUGUGGCACACCAUGUUGUCAUUGCUUUCAUUCUGUGUCCUGUGUUGGUGUAUAGAGAUGGCAUUGGUGAUUUCUUUGUUGGGUGCUUUUACUGCGUUGAAUUGAGUGGUCCUUUUACUAACAUGAGGAUUGUGUUAAGUCGAUUUGGAUUAAAAGAAUCAAAGUGGUACGUGUUGAAUGGAAUAGCAAUGAUAGUGUCGUUUGCCUUAUGCCGCAUCUUGGUGUUUCCCGUCAUGUACAUCACGUACGGUAACACAUACGAUCUUCACGUUAUUGAUGUUAUCAGGAGGAUUCCCCUUCAUUGUAACUUGGGAUGUCUUUUGGUGCUGCUUCCCCAGAUCCACUGGUUAAGGCUUAUGAUCCUGGGGGCUAUAAAGCUAAGUAAAGGGAAGGGUAUCACAGAGGCCGAUGAAAAGAUAGACUAAGUUACAUUAACACGCUUGUUUUAAGGUUCUCCCUUUUAUAGAGAAUGUUCCUACUUGUAUGGGUAUCACCUUUUAUAGUGAAUGUUCCUAGUUGUAACUGUAUCCUUGUAUGGGUAUCACCUUUUAUAGUGAAUGUUCCUACUUGUAACUAUAUCCUUGUAUGGGUAUCACCUUUUAUAGUGAAUGUUCCUACUUGUAACUGUAUCCUUGUAUGGGUAUCACCUUUUAUAGUGAAUGUUCCUACUUGUAACUGUACCAGGGUAAUCCAUUGAUAUUUUCUACUAUACAAGCAAUUCUUAAAUUUUAAUCCUUAGCCUUAUAAAAAAAUGGCAACUUCUGAUAGCCAGUCAGUGCCUUUCAUGUCUGUCUUAUUGUGUUGGAAGACUGUGAACUUUGACUAUAAAUUAACUUAAUAUUUCAAGAACAAUCUAUAUUUUGGGAGUUCUUUCAGGUAAAUUUUCAGAUUCAUUUGGAUGGUGUCACCAAAUUAAGGUAUUCUGAAUACUGUACAGUAUUGUAAUACACAGUCUUCAUCUGUGUAAAUUUAUUUUACAUACCAAAAUGAAAGCCUAAAUGGUCUUCCAUGCCCAUGAAAGGGAUACCAGAUGUUAAUGAUACCAUAAAUUAGGUAAUAUUUUAGUAUGCCUAUAUGGAAACAGAUGUACUACACAGAGGUUUUUUGUUGCAAAAAUUAUUGAAAAUACAGUACAUUUUUCAGUAAUUUACUCCAGUUUGUGGUACAAAGACUGUGUGUAUAAAAUUUCACUCCUGGACCUACGGUAUGCUUAAUAUCAAACUUAAGCCUUUUGUUUUCACAAAGCACAUUGCACAAUUGCAAUCCCAUGCAGCAUGAGUUGCAGUAGGGUUUCUGUUUCAUUUCCAUCCCUAGUCGCUUCCUUCAGUGAGCCUUGUUUAGCACACUGUAGGUGAUACUGUAUUUAAUUUUUACAAUGUCCCUUCAGUCCUUAGCUGCGGUGCACUCUGCCUUUGCCUUUUCAUUCAUUCCUUGUAGCCUCUUUCAGCCUAUAUUGGCAACUUCUUCAGUUUCAUCUUGUGCAAAUUUUCACCUUUCCUUCAAGAAGAAAUAAUACUUUGGACAAGGCCUAGCAGAUGGUCAUAUAAUUUUAUAAUAUAUAGCUCAUAGUCUUAUGAAGAGAGAGAGAGAGAGAGAGAGAGAGAGAGAGAGAGAGAGAGAGAGAGAGAGAGAGAGA